GCCGCUCCUUCAGUCCGCAUCCCUCUCCUCCGCGGGGUGGGCGUGUCCUUCUCCUCCACCGCGCGGUGUCCCCGCUCCGUCCGGUCACUCUCAUCCGGACACACGGAGACUCGGAGGCGCCGCGCGCUGGAAAUAAUGCCCCAUUCAUCUCGCUGAGUUUUACUGGAGAAGGACUGCAAGAUGCUGCUGCUGACUUUACUGAUAACAUGCUUCAGCCCGAGUGUCCUGGGGCAACUGGGGGGAUUUGGAGAUGACAUUGAUUCUGACCUCGCAGACUUCGAUUUAGACAUUGCGCCACGCAGAGUCCCACGGCAGGUGAAAACUAUACUAACUAAGGAGACUAAACCUCACAUCCAGGAACUCUCCAUCAAGACCACCAUCAUCUCGCGCUACGCCUUCACCGCGGUGUACUGCGCCAUGCUCAACCGGCACUCCGCCGCUGCAGAGGGCGUCUUCCACUUUCAGAUCCCCGCUGGAGCCUACGUCUCCAACUUCACCAUGAUCAUCGGAGGGCGCGUCUACCAGAGCGAGGUCAGGCCGAAGGCAAAGAGGGUCAAGCAGGAGAACGGAAAAGCCAGGAACAAAGAGUCAGGUGAUGCAAGCCCAGAGCCGGAGGCCGAGGUGUUCAGGAUGGCGGCCAGCAUCCCGGGUCGGAACCGGGCCGUGUUCCUUCUGACCUACGAGGAGCUCCUGCAGCGGCGGCUGGGACGCUACGAGCACGUGACCAGCCUGCGGCCGCUGCAGCUGGUCAGCCGCCUCAGCCUGGACGUCACUAUCGUCGACCACUCGCCCAUCACGGACCUCCAGGUGCUGCCGCUCCGCAACGGCAGGAGCUCUGGACCUAACGCAGCCAAGACACCAGCCAAGCUCGAUCCUCCCGUCACCACCGCCGUCAAAAACGAGAAGAACGUCUGCAAGAUCACCUUCAACCCCAACAUCGUCCAACAGGCCAAGAUCACCACCAACGGCAUCCUGGGAGACUUUGUGAUCCGCUACGACGUGCAGAGAGAGAUGGGGAUCGGAGACAUUCAGGUGUUAAACGGUCACUUCGUCCACUACUUCGCCCCCAAAGAUCUGCCAGUUGUGCCCAAGAAUGUGGUGUUUGUGAUCGACACCAGCGCCUCCAUGUUGGGGACUAAGAUCCGACAGACUAAAGAUGCUCUGUUCACCAUUCUGCGGGAUCUGAGACCUGGAGAUCGCUUUAACUUCAUCAGCUUCUCCAAUAGGAUCAAAGUUUGGCAGCCGAAUCGUCUCGUACCGGUGACGCCUCUUAAUAUCAGAGACGCCAAGAAGUUUAUUUACAUGCUGGUGCCCACUGGACGCACAAAUAUCGAUGGUGGCAUCCAGACUGGCUCGUCUCUGCUGCGUGAGUACCUCUCCAGCCCUGACGCCAGCCCGAACAGCGUCUCCCUCAUUAUUUUUCUGACGGACGGACGGCCCACGGUCGGGGAGACCAAGUCCACAGCAAUCCUGGGAAACACUCGCUCAGCCGUGCAGGAGAAGUUCUGCAUCUUCACCAUCGGGAUGGGGAACGACGUGGAUUACCGGCUGCUGGAGCGCAUGGCUCUGGAAAACUGUGGGAUGAUGAGGCGCAUCCACGAGGACGCCGACGCCAGCGCUAUGCUCAAAGGGUUCUACGAUGAGAUAGGAACUCCUCUGCUGUCUGACAUAAGGAUCAACUACACAGAGGACUCCGUCCAGUACGUCACUCAGCAUCUGUUCCCCAACUACUUCAACGGCUCUGAGAUCGUCAUCGCCGGCAAGCUCACCAACCUCAGCGUGGAAUCACUCCACGUCCAGAUUACAGCCAGCAACAACGACAAGAGCAUCGUCCUGGAGACCGACGUUCCCCUGCGGCACCGACAGAUAGAGACUGAGAAACACGUGAAAGCAGCCACAGCAGCGAUGGCGUCUGGAGCUAAGACUCCGGGUUCAGAGGUCACACAGGGAUUGGGAGUUGCUUUGGGUGCAAUAGCGGAGGACUUUGUGGAACGCGUUUGGGGUUUCCUGAGCGUCAAGGAUGGGCUAAAGUCGCGGCUGCGCAGCCAAACCAGCAAAGACAGGGAGGAUCACAUCAAGCAGGUCACCAAUGUGUCUCUGACCUACCACUUCCUCACCCCCCUCACCAACCUGGUGGUGGAGAAGCCUGAGGUCCUGGCUGACGGCACCAUGGCUCCUGCGCCCACCAUCCCUCCAUCAGCUGGUGAGGCUGCCAAUGAACUGCCAGGUGACGCAGAGGACGGAAAUCCACAGAAAGCCAACAAGAAGCCAGGCAGCCAGACUUCAUCUACGGGCAACAAGAUUGGUAAAGUUGAGAGACGACCAGCCAAGAAAUCCGUCACCAUCUCCAAAACCUCAGCGGACGGUGACCCCCACUUUGUGGUGGAGUUCCCGCUCAGUAAACUGACCGUGUGCUUCAACAUCAACGGUGAGCCUGGACACAUCCUGCGGCUGGUGUCCGACCACAAGCACUCUGGUGUGACAGUGAACGGUAAGCUAAUCGGCGCCCCAGCUCCACCAGGCAGCCACAAGCAGCAGCGCACGUACUUCAGCACCGUCACCAUCGUGGUGGAUCGUCCCCGACGCGCCUACAUCGAGGUGACGCCUAAGAAAGUCAUCCUGGACGGGCUGGACAGGAUGGUGCUGCCCUGCCACUCCACCGUCACCGUGGACAGCGGCGCGUUGUCAGUAUCCAUCGUAGGGAAGUCUAACGUGACGGUGACGGUCGGAGGAAACAUCGUGUUUGUGAUCCUGCUGCAUCAGUACAAGAAUCCAGCCCCCUACCAGAGAGACCAUCUGGGGUUCUACAUCGGCGACAGCAAGGGGCUGUCGCACAACUGCCACGGCCUGCUGGGUCAGUUCCUGUAUGAGGAAGUGGGACUAGCAGAGCUUCCUGCGCAGGCAGACAUGAAGCCCUCGUCCGUCCUGAAGGUGAAGGAGCGCUCAGUGCCGGUGGUUCAGAAGAGCAGGAAGAUCUACAGCGGGACUCAGAGCGUGGACUGCUGGUUCGCCCGCAACAACGCAGCCAAGCUGAUAGACGGACAGUACGAGGACUAUCUGAUGUCGCACAUGUUCGACACGGGGGACUGGCCACACGGGACCAACGGCGUGUGAGACCCCGAACUGCAGCCGCGGCAUUUAUGUGACUUAAACCGUAACUCGUGUUUUACUUUGUAUCCACAUCACCAAACCUUCACACUCCUGUGUUCUUGUUUUGAAUAUAUUUUUGUACUAUUUCUAAUGAAAAUUAAACGUGUCGUUUUAUAUUAUGUGUAUUAUUUUGUAAUUGUAAAUAAAACAU